AUGUCGUGCCGCUCCUACAGGAUCAGCCCAGGAUGUGGGGUCACCAGGACCUUCAGCUCGUGCUCAGCUGUGGCCCCCAAAACUGGGAGCCGCUGCUGCAUCAGCGCCGCCCGGUACCGCGGGGUUUCCUGCUACCGGGGACUGACGGGCUUCGGCAGCCGCAGCGUCUCCGCCCUGGGCUCCUGUGGGCCCCGCAUAGCGGUGAGCGGCUUCCGCGCCGGCUCCUGCGGCCGCAGCUUCGGGUACCGCUCCGGCGGCGUGUGCGGCCCCAGCCCGCCCUGCAUCACCACCGUGUCGGUCAACGAGAGCCUCCUCACGCCCCUCAACCUGGAGAUCGACCCCAACGCGCAGUGUGUGAAGCACGAGGAGAAGGAGCAGAUCAAGUAUCUCAACAACAGGUUCGCUGCCUUCAUCGACAAGGUGCGCUUCCUGGAGCAGCAAAACAAGCUGCUGGAGACCAAGUGGCAGUUCUACCAGAAGCAGCGCUGCUGUGAGAGCAACCUGGAGCCGCUGUUCAACGGCUACAUCGAGACCCUGAGGCGGGAGGCUGAGCGUGUGGAGGCCGACAGCGGGAGGCUGGCCUCGGAGCUCAACAGCGUGCAGGAGGUGCUGGAGGGCUACAAGAAGAAGUAUGAAGAGGAGGUGGCCCUGAGGGCCACAGCAGAGAACGAGUUCCUGGUUCUAAAGAAGGACGUGGACUGUGCCUACCUGCGGAAGUCAGACCUGGAGGCCAAUGUGGAGGCCCUGGUGGAGGAGUCUAGCUUCCUGAAGCGCCUCUAUGACGAGGAGCUCCAGGUCCUCAACGCCCACAUCUCAGACACCUCAGUCAUCGUCAAGAUGGACAACAGCCGGGACCUGAACAUGAACUGUAUUGUCGCUGAGAUCAAGGCUCAAUACGAUGAUAUUGCCAGCCGCAGCCGGGCUGAAGCUGAGAGCUGGUACCACACCAAGAGCGAGGAGAUGAAGGCCACAGUGAUCCGGCACGGGGAGACCCUGCGCCGCUCCAAGGACGAGAUCAAUGAGUUGAACCGCAUGAUCCAGAGGCUGACGGCCGAGAUUGAAAAUGCCAAGUGUCAGCGGGCCAAACUGGAGGCUGCCGUGGCCGAGGCAGAGCAGCAGGGCGAGGCGGCCCUCAGUGAUGCCAAGUGCAAGCUGGCGGGGCUGGAGGAGGCCCUGCAGAAGGCCAAGCAGGACAUGGCCUGCCUGGUGAAGGAGUACCAGGAGGUGAUGAACUCCAAGCUGGGCCUGGACAUCGAGAUCGCCACCUACAGGCAUCUGCUGGAGGGCGAGGAGCAGAGGCUGUGCGAAGGUGCGGGCUCCGUGAAUGUCUGCGUCAGCAGCUCCCACGGUGGGGUCACCUGUGGGGGCCUCACUUAUAGCACCACCCAGGGCUGCCAGAUUGCCUCCGGCCCCGUGGCCACCGGGGGCAGCAUCUCGGUGAUGGCGCCGGACUCCUGCGCCCCCUGUCAGCCCCGCAUCUCCAGCUUCAGCUGCGGGAGCACCCGAUCUGUCCGCUUCGUCUAGAAUCCAAGGCCCCGCCUGCAUCCCCCCAGCACGGAAUGCUGUGUGAAUGGAAAAAUGUGUGCUUGCUUCCAGAAUCUUCCACGUGUUCCUACAAGGGAAAGACCCUCCACAGCUCUCUGCC